UCCGGCUCUGGCGCCCAAACCACGAACGGCAAAUAGUCCAGAAUAGUCCCCGCUUGGAAUCUCGACCAUUACCACUCUGUCUUGACAGCGGACAAGGAAUGCCAUCGUUCCAGCUCAAUCUUUGGAGAAGUAGAGUUUAUCUUUCCAAAUGUUGGCCAUGGUCGUGCAUCGGGAAAGUUGGAAUGUUCAUCCUACUCAGUUAUGUGAGCUACCAGUUUCAUAGCUAAUAGCAUCAUUCUAACUCUCAAAAAAACCUCUUACGGCCAUUUGGCGUCGAUCGAAUCUGCCCUUCAUGGACAUUCCGAGCGACAUCAAACACUUUCCAAGUGCGAACGGCACGAGUGCUCCGAAUCUUCUAGUCACGGAUUUUCCUAAACAACAAGCAGUAGUGGCAGCAUUUAAGCAUGCUUGGGGCGCACACGAGCGGAAAGCCAUGGGUUCAGAUGAAUUCGAGCCUCAUAGCGGCGUAGGUUCUCGGUGGAUGGAGGGAAUGGUUACACAUCCGUCGAUGCUCUGGAUACGAUGUAUCUCAUAGGUUUGAGGGCCGAGUACAGCAGAGCUAGAGAGUAGAUAGAUCCACCGUCGCAGCCACUUCAGCACCUUCGAGGCUGUUAUAAGUAUCUCGUCUCUUUUUCAUCAUAACUGAUUGACAAACAGACCACUAUUCGCGGCCUACUCAGCGCUUACUACCUGACCUCCGACCCACUCUAUCGUUCUAAGGCUAUUGAACUUGCUGAGCG